UUUGAACGUUCCAAUCAGAACGUUCUGGUCUCUAUAAAUAGAGGCGGCUGGGGUGGUCGUCUUCACAGUCGCUUUGGACUUCUUGGAAAGUUCGCUUCUCCUUACGUCGCCAUGGCUCGUACGAAGCAGACCGCUCGUAAAUCUACUGGUGGCAAGGCACCUCGCAAGCAGCUGGCUACCAAGGCUGCCCGUAAGAGCGCGCCGGCCACCGGUGGCGUGAAGAAGCCUCACCGUUACCGCCCUGGCACGGUGGCACUGCGAGAGAUCCGGCGUUACCAGAAGUCGACCGAGCUGCUGAUCCGCAAACUGCCCUUCCAGCGGCUGGUCCGUGAGAUCGCGCAAGACUUUAAGACAGACCUGCGCUUCCAGAGCUCGGCCGUGAUGGCCCUGCAGGAGGCGAGCGAAGCCUACCUGGUUGGGCUCUUUGAGGACACCAAUCUGUCGUUUUCCUUGUUCUUCUCAGUCAUGUCUGGCAGAGGCAAAGGCGGGAAAGGUCUGGGCAAAGGUGGCGCCAAGCGGCAUCGGAAGGUCCUUCGAGAUAACAUCCAGGGGAUCACCAAGCCCGCCAUCCGCCGUUUGGCUCGGCGCGGCGGCGUGAAGCGUAUUUCAGGGCUCAUCUACGAGGAGACUCGCGGAGUCCUGAAAGUGUUCCUGGAGAACGUGAUCCGGGACGCCGUCACUUACACGGAGCACGCCAAGAGAAAGACCGUCACCGCCAUGGACGUGGUCUACGCUCUCAAACGCCAGGGCCGCACUCUGUACGGUUUUGGCGGCUAAAACGCCUCUCUGUGGCGUGCUUUGUUCGCGCCUGCUCUCCCAAAGGCCCUUUUCAGGGCCACCCACGUUC